UGCUUCUACGGUAGUUUUCGUGUCGACUCCGUACAAACAUGGUACUCAAAUGUCCAAAGAUUCCUUGCAACAUGGAAAGGAAAAAAAAGAACUUGUUAUUCGGAACUUUGACAGUCAUAGGAGCUGUUCUAAUUCAAAUAACCUUUGGUUACUUUUAUACAAUUGCGAACAUGGUUCCGUAUAUUCUGAGUUAUAUUAAAGCUCGUGUUGAUCCCAGUGUACAAAGUCAAUCAACUGUUUGGCUCUCAGCGCUUGCACUAGCAUCUCAAGGUUUAUCAAUGGCACUUGGUGGACUCGUGUAUCAGAAAGCUGGUUUCCGUGUGGUUGUAGGACUAGGAUGUUUACUUCAUAGUGGAAGUGUUUUCUUAACAAAUAUUACAAUUCAAAGGACCUACAUUGGUGUUAUUAUAACAUACUCAGUACUCAUGGGUCUGGGGCUUGGAUUUGCAUAUUCGGUAGUGAUGGGAGUAGCCGCGAAAUGGUUUCCAAAACGACGAUUCCUCAUUGUUGGUUUAGUUGUCGGUGGCUUUGGACUGGGAGCACUUGUUUUUACGCCCAUUCAGACGGCACUUAUCAAUCCGAACAACACACCGGUGAAUCCCCAAACAAAGCUAUUUGACGAUCCUGAGCUAUUGGAUAGAAUACCAAGAGCAUUUCUCAUCUUAGGCGGGAUUUUAAUUAGUGGACAAAUAGUUGGCUUUGUCCUCAUGAGCGAGAAAAAACAGAAGGAUAAACCUGAUUCUGCUAAAGUAAACACUGACCAAAUCAACUUACCACCUAAGCAGUUAUUCCGUAAAAUUGACUUUUACUUGUUAUGGAUAAUAAUGUUCUUAAUUAUUAUCCCUAUCACAAUUAUCACAUCAGCGUACAAGCUUUUUGGACAACAGUUUAUCAGUGAUGAUCAGUACCUGUCUAUUGUUGCCAGUAUAACAGCACUUUUUAAUGCUGGUGGUAGGAUUAUGUGGGGUGCUAUAGUUGAUCGCAUUUCGUUCAAGUUACCAUUGUGCAUUGUAUUAAUACUAUGGGCUAUAAUACUUUUCACAUUUCCACAUAUUGGAGGAAUACCAAUGCCGGGUCUUAAAGCUGCAUACGCAAUUUGGGUGUGGGCACUAUUUUUGGUACUGAGUGGAGUGUUUGUUAUUAUGCCAGGUGGUACAGGAAAUAUAUUUGGUCCUACUUACUUUGCCAUAAACUACGGCAUUGUGUUUACUGGAUUUACUGUGGGAAGUAUACUAUGUUCUGUUGUCUCAAUGUUUAUACAUGCAUCUAAUCCUUACCUAGUACAGUUCAGUGGCUGCGGAGGUGUUUGCUUACUCGCAUUUCUGUUUGCAAUUUGGAUUGAAGACAAGAAGAUUAUCCCGAAAGUUGACUGUAUACCUUGUGUUAAAACGUGUCCAAGUUUGAGAGUUCGCAAAAGUAGUGAAAAUCAGGAGGAUAAUGCAUGAUUAAAAUUUUACAUAUAUGAUCGUCAAUUACAAAUCUCACUAAAAAUAUUACUCACCACAUUUGUGAUAGUUUGUUUUACAAUUUAAUUAUUAUUCUCCUUAUGUUUUUUUAGUCUGUUCUGUUUAUAUCCUUUAAUAUGUGUAUGAG